AGCUCGGAAUUCAUUCCUAUAUCAAUGGCUGAAGGAAACUGGACAAGAGUUAGUGAGUUUAACCUCAUGAGUUUCUCUUCCCUACCUAGUGAAAUACAGUCAUUACUCUUCCUGAUAUUUUUAAUCAUCUACCUGGUCACCCUGCUGGGAAACAGCCUCAUCAUUCUGGUUACCUUGGCUGACCCCAUGCUGCACAGCCCCAUGUACUUCUUCCUCAGGAACUUGUCUUUCAUAGAGAUUGGCUUCAACCUAGUCAUUGUGCCCAAGAUGCUGGGGACCCUGAUUGCCCAGGACACAACCACCUCCUUUCUUGGCUGUGCCACUCAGAUGUAUUUCUUCUUCUCCUUUGGGGUUUCUGAAUGUUUCCUUCUGGCCACAAUGGCAUAUGACCGCUAUGUAGCCAUCUGCAAUCCCUUGCACUACCCAGUCAUCAUGAACCCUUGGACAUGGGCAAAACUGGCUGUUGCCUCCUGGUUUCCAGGCAUUCCCAUGGCUACUGUGCAGACCACGUGGCUCUUCAGCUUUCCAUUCUGUGGCACCAACAAGGUGAACCACUUCUUCUGUGACAGCCCACCUGUGCUGAGGCUGGUCUGUGCGGACACGGCACUGUUUGAGAUCUACGCCAUUGUUGGAACCAUUCUCGUCGUCAUGAUACCCUGCUUGCUGAUCCUAUGUUCCUACACUUGCAUCAUUGCUGCCAUCCUCAAGAUUCCAUCAGCUAAAGGGAAACACAAAGCCUUCUCUACCUGCUCCUCCCACCUCCUUGUUGUCUCCCUUUUCUAUGUAUCUUUAAGCCUCAUCUAUUUCCGCCCUAAGUCCAAUAAUUCUCCUGAGAGCAAGAAGGUGCUAUCACUGUCCUAUACUGUUAUGACUCCCAUUUUGAACCCCAUAAUUUACAGCCUGAGAAAUAACGAGGUGAAGAAUGCCCUUGGCCGGACCUUCUACAAGGCCCUAGGCCUUAGAGACUGCUUCCCAUAGACAUUAAGAAAAAGACUAAAGUCUUUCGAAUAGGGAACAAUCAGUUUGAUAUUUAGAAUUCCUCUGCCUCUGCCUA